UGACGAAUCGGUGGGCGUCCGAACCGUUCUGCGGCUGCGCAGUAGGGUGUUCGGCUCGCGCUCACCACCGCUGGUGUUUUGACCUCGGCCACCGCAAAAAUAAGGUCUGAAUGAAUCCAUUCCUAUCUCAUGUUGCUGAAGAUUUGGAGGCAGACAUCAGGCUAGUGCCAGGAAACGGAUACGUUCAUUUUAAAACACACAUAACUACAGCUGUCACUCCUCCUGUAAAACGGCAAGUUUUCAGCAUGUAUCAGAUUGUCCCAGGAGCUCCUGUAGAGCAGCAGGUGGCUAAAGAUGCCCGUGGCUCCCCACUUAAGAAGAAACUAGCUCACGAAGGCCGGCCGCUGGUGCUGGCAGGUUUGCUGGGCUGUGCGUUGGUCCUGGCUGCUGUGAUUGCCUGGUGCUACUAUUCAAUGUCGCUUCGUAAAGCCCAGCUGCUGAAGACAGAGUUACUCGAUCUGAAUAAAGAUGGCUUCAUCAUACGUAACCAUGAAGGAGCUGCCAUCUUCACCAUGACCUUCAAGUCAGACACUCUGAAUCUGGACUCCUGCUCAAAAGAGGGAAAUAAUCUGAGCUGUACUCAGUCAAAUUCUGGCAAACUGAACUUUUUCAUCCAGACGGUCCGAGAGAAAGGCACUGUUACCUGUUAUCGUGUUCGCUGGGAGGAGCUGCAGAGUAAGCGCUCAGUCGAACACACCAUGACCUUUAACGGCUCCCACUGGUACGGAGGAGCAGAGACAGCAGCCCAGUACUGGCCCAUCAGGUUCCAAGGCGAAGAGGAGCCACGGCCUUUCAUCACCAGCGACGUCUACUCCAAUCGAAACGCUUUCGGGGGAAUCCUCGAGCGUUACUGGCUGUCGUCCAACGCAACAGCGAUAAAGAUUAACGACUCGGUACCGUUUCAUUUGGGUUGGUCAGAGAGGGACAGGACUCUGAGGUUUCAGGCCCGGUACCAGGACUCUCCCUUUAGACCACCGGCAGGACAGCAGGCCUUUCCUGAGCUCAGCUACAGAGUUUGUGUGGGGUCAGAUGUUACCUCCAUUCACAAAUACAUGGUGCGGCGGUAUUUUCCAAAGCCCAUCAAAGUCCCAUCUCCUGAUGUGUUCAAGAAACCCGUGUGGUCCACGUGGGCUCUCCAUAAGACAUCUGUAACUCAGGAAAAGGUGCUGCGAUUCGCAUCUGACAUCACUAAACACGGCUUUACGUGCUCCCACCUGGAGCUGGAUGACUGCUACACCACUGACUACGGAGAGUUUGACUUUGACCCGCAGAAGUUCCCCAACGCCAGCGGUAUGUUUGCCAAACUCAAAGAGAGCGGGUUUCAAGUCACGCUGUGGACGCAUCCUUUCAUCAACUACGACUCCAUCAAUUUUGGGGUGGCUGUGGAGAAAGGGCUGUUGGUUCGCGAGCCGAGUGGGGAGCUGCCUGCUCUGGUUCGCUGGUGGAACGGGAUCGGAGGCAUCUUGGACUUUACAAACCCAGAAGCCCGUAAGUGGUAUUCCUCCAACCUGCACACGCUCAAAGCUCGUUAUAACGUGACGUCCUUCAAGUUCGAUGCAGGAGAAACGAGCUACCUCCCUCGCCAGUUUAGCACCCUGGUCCCACUGUCCGAUCCGUCCACCUUCACCCGGCGCUACUCGGAGAUGGCCAUCCCAUUUAAUUCACGCGCCGAGCUGCGAGUGGGUUACCAGAGUCAGAAUAUCUCUUGUUUCUUCAGAAUCAUUGACAGAGAUUCGGUGUGGGGCUAUGAGCUCGGCCUCAAGUCCAUCAUCCCCACUGUUCUGACUAUUGGCGUUCUGGGCUACCAGUUUGUCCUGCCAGAUAUGAUAGGAGGGAACGCCUACCCCAACCACACUGCAGGUAGAACAAACGGUACAAACAGUUUGCCGGACAGAGAGUUGUACAUCAGAUGGUUGGAGCUGUCUGCUUUUAUGCCUGCCAUGCAGUUUUCUAUCCCUCCAUGGGCUUUUGACAAUGAGGUGGUACAGAUAGCCCAGAAGUUCACAAACCUCCAUGAAAAUCUGGUGGCUCCGAGGGUCCUUGAACUGGCAGGUGAGCUUCUUGGUACAGGAGACCCUAUCAUACGGCCUCUGUGGUGGAUCGCCAUGGACGACGAGGCGGCUUUUAAGAUCGACUCUCAGUUUCUUAUUGGUGAUGACCUGAUGGUGGCGCCGGUGUUGGAACCUGGAAAGCAAGAGAGGGACAUCUACCUGCCUGCAGGACGAUGGAAGAGCUACAAGGGAGAGCAUUUUGAUAAAGGCCCAUUGUACCUCACUGACUACCAUGUGGACCUGGAUGAGGUUGCAUACUUUACCCGGUAUUAGAUGUUAAAGAAAAACAAUUAAACACACACACUGCGUGUGCAUAUUUGUUAUCUUGAACAAAUGAACCAGUUUGUGACUGAGAAUGUUGGCUUUUCAAAGGAGAAGUGUAAUUUUUUGUCAAUAUUGAGCUUAUGUCUCUUAGAACCUGCUCCUGCCUAAAGAAAUAGAUUUUACCUUUUGUUUUUUUUAGCAUCUUAAAGCUGAACUUCAUCCUCAUGUGCCUUCCAAAGUUAACAAUAUAAACAAUCCCAGAUUGUGCCAUCAAAUCUUCCUGAAAGACUGAACCCACACCUUCACUUGGGAUGCUUUGGGGGAUCCAAGGAGGUGUUUGUUUAAAGCAGGGUAUAAAAAAUAUAUUGAGCAAUAAGAGAACUGAGACUUGUUGUGGGUGCAGUACAGCUCAGUUGGACAUCUGCACCUCGGCUCAAAACACUCGCCUGAAUUAUUCAUCCUAACUGUCCAGUUCCAACAAGCAUUAACCAGCAUUGCUGAUUGCUGCACUUUAGUCGUAGCAGUUGAUGAAUGUAAAUAUGUGAUUGUUGGUACUUGUAAUGAUCAACAAACUGCAAAUAUUUUCAAGUCAGCGGUGCCUGACCUGCCUUGUCCUUCUGUCUUUUUAGUUCUAAAAAUAAUAAAUGCACAAGUUAGAUUUUCUGCUCAGGGUAUGUUUGAUGUUAGAAAUAUUUUUUUAUGCAAAGAUAUAAAAGAUGUAUUUGUGGCCACUGUUCUCAAUGAUGCCAAAUUUUAGUGUGCUGUCCACAUCCGCCUUGUGUCUUUAUUUGCCUUAUUUCCUAAACCUCGUAUUGACAUCCGGCAAAGAGAACUCAGAAUAGCUUGACACGUUUCCUUCUGCACAGAGUGAUGCGCUUGAAGCCGUGACUUCACAAAGUGCAUGAAUUUAUCUGCUCUCACAGUGAUUGCUAGCAUGAGACUAAAGCACAAAGGAUAACUCUUGUGAAUGCAGCCGUUUUGUAGGUGAUAUUGGACCGACUGCAGGCUCGUGUUUGUGCUGCUUUCUUGCUGUUAUGAUAGGAGUUGAAUAAGUGUUUGUAAUGAAACAUUUGUAACUGGAAAAUUUGUCAUUACACUGAAUCAAUUGUUGAAUGUAUUUGUUGUUUUUAACCAAGAUGUUUCAAAUGUACCACAGCAGGCUGUUAGCUGUCAAAGGGAAAGAUUAUUUUCUUUUAAGCAUUAGUGUUUUUUAUUGCUGUAUAACAGUUGUUUUGUUUUAAGUUGAGUGCCAAAGAAGAUGAAGCUAAUGAUUAUUUCUUUUUAUACAAAGUGUUGCAGAACUUUGCUUUCCUCAUAUUGAUUCUGGAUGGAUUAAUUAACAGUUAUGCUGUGUUUUAGAUUAAAUGAACAAGUCUGUUUUCAGUGGGCUGCCAGUCCUGUUGGUGUCAAUUACACAACUAAUAUUGUUUGACAAGUUGAAAUGCACAAAAAAAGUAAUUUAAUAAGCUUUAUGUCAACAGCACUCCAAGUUUUGAUUAUAUUUGUGUUGGAAGUAUUGAGAAUGCAUGAUGACCUUUGAUGCUAUGAUAUUAAAAAAACAACAAAUUAAA